UCUGCCCUCUUUCGUAUCCUACACUAUCCGCAAAGGGCGAGAAUCCGCGACGUCGUUUUCAAACACGGCUUCGAUAGUGAAGGACUGAUUCAAUAAUUGACGAGUGGUUUGUUUGGUUUGAUAGGCAUAGACGACAACCAAGUACAGAGAAGUAAAGAGAGUUUUGCUUUUUGAAAUGGCAGCGUCGUCGUCGUCGGAGAAGCAAGUGGUGCUGAUAGGCAUAGACGACAGCGAGCAGAGCACGUACGCGCUGAAUUGGGCUUUGGAUCACUUCUUCCCGAGCCCAAUCUUCAAGCUCGUUCUCAUCCACUCAAGGCCCACCGCCACCUCCGCCGUGGGCUUCGCCGGCCCUGUGUAUGCAGGAGCCGCUGAGAUCUUGCCUAUUGUAGAUUCCGAUUUGAGAAAGAUUGCCGCCAGAGUCCUCGAAACCGCUAAACAACUUUGCUUCAACAAAUCCGUGAAUGAUGUGACAGCGGAAGUGGUGGAAGGUGAUCCUAGAAAUGUUCUUUGUGAUGCUGUGGAUAAGUACCGUGCUGCAAUAUUGGUUGUGGGCAGCCAUGGUUAUGGGGCUAUAAAAAGGGCGGUUUUAGGUAGUGUCAGUGACUAUUGUGCUCAUCAUGCUCACUGCACUGUGAUGAUCGUGAAAAAGCCAAAAAUCAAACACUGAUCUGUAAUGGCUGCGUCUAUAUAGUACAACAAUAAACAUAACCGGCCCUUUCAGCCAAAGAAAAAAAAUAAUGUUCACAGAAAUUCGUAACUAUGCUUGUUGUAUGGAUAUUACAUAUUGUCCUUAUGGUUUGAUACGUUGAGGUACAGCUUAUUUUUAAAGAUGGAAGUAUGGAACCAUCAAAAAAGUUAUUAAAUUGAUGUGUUUAAUUCCAUUA